AUUAAAUCUUGGCUCACAAGGCACUUGCCCAUAACAGCUACAGACACACACAAAACAACAAACUCCUAUAUACCUCAAAUUGUGGAACUUUGCACUAAAAAACGAAACCCCACGAAAAUCAUUUCUUCGCUAUACGCACUCAUUACAAAACAGCCUCAUACAGGGAAACCCUCCUUUACAAGGCAUGGGAAUCAGACUUCAGAGAAACACUAG